GGCAGGGGAGGAGGGGUGUCGGUGGUGGUGGUGGUGCUGCUGCUGCGGCGGCACAACAACAUGAUUGUUCCCGUCUUCUUCUGCCUCUUCUUCAGUCGUGGAGUGGAGUAAAGAGCCAGGACAGUUCACAUAUUUCGCAGCAGCCAAGCACCGAACAGUGGUGCUAUUGAUUUCUAGCAACAGUAGCGGAGUGGCUGCAGUCCAGUUGUAGGAAGGAGGACAGAGGAGGAGUUUGCAAAGUUAACGUCGCUCGGUUUGCCUCAUGCUCACAAAGGUGCGGACCAGCUUGGCUGUUUUUUUCUCCAAACGCUGGUGAAGACAGAAGUAGAGGUUUGGAUGCAGGUUGUAUGUUGGCUGCUGUGCCUUGGCCUGGCUGGGGCACUUGCUGUGCUGCAGAAGGACCAGGUGGCCCAGCAUGCCAUCAAGCUUUAUCGGAGCAAGGGGGCCACACAGGGGCACAGCUGGGUGGCCAGCAACUGCAAGCGGCUGGUGGGUCUCUUGCGUCAGAAGAAUGUGGUUGUCAAGAAGCUGGCCGCUGCCGCAGAUGCUGUUGGAAGAGACCGAGCCCUUUCAGAACCUGAAAGGCACUUCCAGGUUCACACCCUGGAGGUUUUCCAGAAGGAGCUGAAUGAGAGUGAACACCUGGUGUUCCAGGCGGUGCACAGCCUGCAGAGGGCGCUGCAGGGAGACUACAGGGACGUGGUCAACAUGAAGGAGAGCAGCAGACAGAGACUGGAGGCCCUCAGGGAGGCAGCCAUAAAGGAGGAGCAAGAGUAUGUGGAGCUGGUGGCUGCUGAGAAGCACCAGCAGGAAGCUGUGAAGAGCGCUUUAGCCCAGAACAAGACUCUGUCCAUGCUGGAUGAAAUCCUGGAGGACGUCAGAAAGGCAGCAGACCGGUUAGAGGAGGAGAUCGAGGAGCACGCCUUUGACAACAACAAACAGAUGAAAGGAGUGAAUGUAGAGGCAGUGUUGAGAGUGGAGGAAGAUGAGGACAACGGAGGGAAGAGGAAGAACAAAUCCAGGCAGAAGGAAGUGGAGGAUGACCUGGGACUGAGCAUGCUCAUUGACUCGCAGAACAACCAGUAUGUUCUGACUAAACCACGAGACUCCACCAUGCCGAGAGCAGACCAUCACUUCAUCAAGGACCUGGUGUCGGUGGUGAUGUUGUCCCUACCUUGUGGCUGGAUUUGCACUCUAGUCGGUCUUCCUCCAAUGUUUGGAUACAUCAUCUGUGGGGUCCUGCUUGGUCCCUCUGGUCUCAACAGCAUCAAGUCUAUGGUCCAGGUGGAGACUCUCGGGGAGUUGGGUGUGUUCUUCACUCUCUUCGUGGUGGGGUUGGAGUUCUCACCUGAGCGCCUUCGAAAGGUAUGGAAGACAUCUGUUCAAGGGUCUUGCUACUUGAGUCUGCUGAUGGUUGGGGCCGGUUUGUUGUGGGGACAAGUCUUGCGUAUCCGCCCAACCCAGACUGUCUUCAUCUCCACUUGUCUCUCCCUGUCCAGCACUCCACUGGUGUCCCGCUUCCUUGCAGGAGGAAGCAGGGGGGACAAGGAAGGUGACCUGGACUACAGCAGUGUUCUUCUUGGGAUGUUAGUGAUGCAAGAUGUUCAGCUCGGCCUCUUCAUUGCUGUCAUGCCAACUCUGAUCCAGGCACAGAGUGGAGACUUGGACAGCUUCCUGUUUGGAAGUCUGCGUGUGCUGUAUCUCCUGGCCCAGGUCCUGGCGUCUCUGGCUGCUGUGCUGCUGCUUUGUUUGUUACUCAAAUCAUUCCUGAUUGGUCCCUAUUACAAGAAGCUGCAUGCUGAGAGCAAAGGCAACAAGGAGAUCCUGGUUCUGGGGAUGGCAGCUUUUGUCUUUUUUAUGCUGACGGUAACUGAGUUUCUGGAUGUUUCCAUGGAGCUGGGCUGUUUCCUGGCUGGAGCUUUGCUGUCCACACAGGGUCACAUGGUCACCACAGAGGUCAUGGGGUGCAUUGAGCCAAUCAGAGAUUUCCUCGCCAUCAUCUUCUUUGCCUCUAUUGGUCUUCACGUGUUCCCGACAUUUGUGCUGUAUGAACUCACCAUCCUGCUGGUGCUAACAUUCACGCUCGUCAUUAUGAAGUUCGUCAUGGCUGUACUGGUGUUGUCGGCGAUCUUGCCUCCAGGCUCUCGACACAUACGGUGGAUCGUCUCAGCUGGCCUUGCGCAGGUCAGCGAAUUCUCCUUCGUCUUGGGCAGCCGUGCACGUCGAGCUGGCAUCAUCUCCAGAGAGGUGUACCUGCUGGUUCUCAGUGUCACUACUCUCAGUUUGCUGCUGGCUCCGGUGCUGUGGAGAGUCACCACACACAGAUGGGUUCCCCGGGCCGAACACAAAACGGUCCCAUGACCAGACUGACUUCAGGGCCGAAAGGGUCCCGCAUACAGUGACUCUUACACAGCCGGCAGCGACGUCACAAGGAGCAGAAGUUAAGUCUUAUUUGUCCAUUCAGAAACUCGCACACAACAACACGAGGUGGCCUGUUGGACCAAAUGUUUCUCCUCUUCUUUCUUCUUCUUUAUUCAACAAAUUCAAUCCACUCCUUUUUAGGGGAGGAAAUCAUCAUCUUCAGCUACAGUUUCACUUGAGAUUAUUGAAAAAUGCCUCCAUCAGAUUGUUAUAAGGGAUAUUUUCUCCAAGCAUGUACCUGGAGCAGUGUAACAUAUACAUUAGUUACUAUAAAUAUAAUUUACUGUAUAAAGACUGUAUAACACACACUAAAAUAGUAAUAUAGGGUUAUAUUACCGAACACUUUCACUCUGCAGUCAACAAAUCUUGAAGUCAGUAUCUGUGACUUGAUGGGAAAACAUACCUGCUUCACAGUUUAGUGGAUAAGCACAGAAGACUGGAUAUCCUUCCAGCUCUGAUGCUGUUAAAGGUGUGCGUGCACCAAAAAGGGAAACAAAGAAAAAAGUUUCCCUCUUCACUAUUUCUGUUGUUUUUUUUCUGUUGACGCUAAUUCAUGUCUGCACUUCGAACCUCAAGUUUGCCUAUUCCUUGUAGCGAUCACACGGACCAAAUCUGAGGCCUCAAAUCUUUUUCUUUUAAUGUAUGAGUACAUAAUAGGAAAUCACUUUUAUAUCAUUGAAAUGACCUCCAUCUUUCCUAUAUUUGACAUUACUACAUCUGACAUUUAGCUUUUGUAAAUCUGCUUUUUUAUGGCAGAUUGUGCUUCUGAUUGAAGGGCAAACCCUUUUCCUACUGUAUUUAAUGGAUGGUAUGUGUAGUUUAUUCUGAUCAUUGUAUUACUGUGUAUUUAGGUGUGAUAACACAUUCUUGUGUUACCCAAAAACUACAAUAAUUAUCCUAAUAAAUCUCCCAUUUCUUGUCAAAAACCAUGAUACAUUACACAUCAGUAGAAAACUAAGGAAUGUAGAUGUAGAAAUACAAUAUUAGGCAGCAGCUCACAAAAACAAAUGAAAAUACUCAAAUAUAGAUAAAUUAUUCUUUACAUUUAAAGAGAAAUCCUGCACUAGUUACCACUGAAUGUCAAAGUUAUGUGCCUGCUCAACACUUGUCCGCAGCAGGAGAAAGAAAAGUGUCAUCUCACUGUGAGAGCACUUCUGUGGCAUCUCAUGCUGUAAACGUUUAAUAAUUCAUAAUGUGCAAUGUAAAUGUGUGUAACUCGGCCACAUAUUACUGUAUCACUUAAGUUUAAUAUUGGUUUCAGAUAUUUUCCUACAGUUGGUUAACAGAGAGUUUACAUAUGUGUGUUGGUGGCCAUGAGUGUCGCUCGUAGACACAAAGAAAUGCUGUUUCAAUUAAAACGUUCAUGUAUUUUUUAUUUUUUGUUGAUUUAAUUACUUUAUUUAUUAAAAAUAAUACCAUAAAAAAGUA